AUGACAGGCGAACUUCAUUUGGACAAUGUCGAAGAUGACCAUGUCAUUUCGCAAAUCCUUCCCAUCCAAUCAUCGCCGAACCGACCUGCUCCGUUGGAUCUUGAGAAGACUUCCACCACCGACUUGAAAGUUCAGGAAGACGAGAAGGGAGAGCUCUCACGUGUACGGUCGACGGUCUCGCACCACGAUAUCCAUGGCGUUCCCAGUCACAGCAGCUCCUAUGUUGAAGUCAAUGCCGCUCAGUAUGAACGAUUCAGCGAACGCCGCAAACUCCUCAUCACAUGCGUGCUUUCACUCUGUGGUUUCCUGGCUCCUAUCUCUUCAACGACCAUUCUUGCCGCCAUCCCCGAAGUGGCAGCCACCUAUAAUAGCAGCGGGAGCAUCAUUAACUUAUCCAACGCCCUCUACCUCGUCUUCAUGGGUUUGUCACCGAGCCUCUGGGGGCCCUUGUCCACAAUAUACGGUCGACGAUGGAUCUGCAUUAUCACCGCAGCAUUAUUCUUCGCAUUCAGUGUCGGCACGGCCCUCGCACCCAACCUGGCCUCCUACUUCAUCUUCCGUAUGCUGACCGCGUACCAAGGCACCUCAUUUCUCAUCGUCGGAACCUCCUGCCUCGGCGAUAUUUACACGCCCACAGCACGAGCGACCGCUCUCGGCUGGUUCCUGUCCGGCACGCUGAUCGGUCCUGCUUUCGGCCCAUUCAUAGGCGGCAUCAUCGUCACCUUUCGGUCCUGGCGUGACAUUUUCUGGCUUCAAUCUGCCCUCGGCGGCCUCGCGGCCCUCUUGGUCAUUUUCUUCCUCCCGGAAACCAUCCCGGCGAAGAAGAUCGAUCAACUCCGCGAGUAUUCUCGGAAAGAGCGCACGACUCGCAUUCUCCACUGGGUCUCGCCCUUCCGCGUCGCCGUCCUCCUCUUCUCCUACCCGAAUCUCCUGAUCGCCGGCCUCGCUUCCAGCGCGCUGGUGUGGAACAUGUACUCCCUCCUCACACCUAUCCGAUAUGUGCUUAACCCACGAUUCCACCUUACCUCGCCCAUCCAGUCCGGGCUUUUCUACAUCGCUCCCGGCUGCGGGUAUUUACUGGGCACCUUCUUCGGCGGGCGCUGGGCCGACCAUAUCGUGAAGAAGUGGAUCCGAAAGAAAAACCGACGCGUGCCUGAAGAUCGAUUGCGAUCUUGCUAUGCGUUCGUCGGUGGCGUCGUGCCAGCCUGCAUGCUCGUGUACGGCUGGUCGGUGGAGAAGGAGGUCGGUGGAAUCCCGCUCCCCGUAGCGGCCAUGUUUGCACAGGGCGUCGCGCAGCUCUUCUGCUUCCCGAGCCUCAACACAUACUGCCUCGAUGUCAUGCAAGCCAAAGGCCGUUCCGCCGAGGUCGUCGCCGGCAACUACAUGAUUCGAUACGUGUUUGCGGCCGCCGGCAGCGCGGUGUGCCUUCCAGCCAUUGAAAAAAUCGGCGUCGGCUGGUUUAGUACCAUCUCUACUGGGUUUCUGAUCGUCAGUGCCGCCAGCGUUUGGGCCACGACCGCGUGGGGCGAGGCCUGGAGACAUGCUGUUGACGAUAGAAAGAAACAGAAGAGGAAGGCGCGGGAGAGUGAGGAGGAGAAGGCCAAGGGUGGGAAAGGUGGUGUCUGA